CAGAUCAACCGUCUCUGUUUAAACAUACUAGGGAAGGAAGAAACACCAAAACAUGCAUGGUGAAAUUAUGUAGUAAGUUGCAAAAUAAGUUGAAAAAUAUCUUUGUUGGACGUGUAUAGAUUUUUUGAACUAUGAGUUUAGUCUAACAUGAUUUGUGCGCUCUUUAUAUUGUAAUCUGAGAAGAUGGAUUUAACCAAGUUACAAUACUUGACCAAGCAUGUAUUUUUAUGCAGAUGUGCAUGGAGGAUAUCCACAAAACAUGUUAUUGGGAGAUGGUACAUGAAUUUUUCAAAAUGCAAACCAGUCAGCUUUUCUCGAUGUACCUUACAAUUUGCUAAAGUGGUAUCAUUAGUCCCAGCAAGGACUUUUUCUUUGACAACUUGCACGUUCAAAAACCACAGCACAGAUCAGGACAGUUUAGAGGAAGAUGAAAUUGAUGAGGCAGAAAUAGAGGAGCUGUUUCAGCAACAGAUACCUGUAGGUAUUGGUGAAGAAGACCACAGGGUCUUCAUCGUUCAUCCUGACGUGAAAUGGGGCAGCAAAAAGCAACAUCUAACCACAGCUGCACUUCAAAUGGAUGAGGCUGUUGGUCUGGUGAACACCUUGCAGAACUGGACUGUUAUUGACAAGAUCAUCCUCUCCACCAAGACACCAGAGAAGAAAAAAAUAUUCGGCAAGGGAAACUUUCAGACUCUCACAGAGAAGAUCAAAGCAACAGCUGGGGUCACGGCUGUCUUUGUGAACGUGGAACGUCUUUCGCCGUCAUCAGAGAAAGAACUGCAGGAAGCUUGGGGAGUUAAAGUUCUUGAUAGAUACUCACUCGUUCUCCAUAUCUUUCGCUGCAAUGCUAAAACAAAAGAAGCCAAACUGCAGAUCUCUUUGGCGGAGAUACCUUUGCUCAGAUCCCGGCUCAGAAAUGAAGUAGCAAACUUAGACCAGCAAGGUGGUGGCUCAAGGUACAUCAUGGGCUCAGGUGAAACCCUGUAUGAAGUACAGCAGCGGUUGUUGAAGGAGAGAGAGCUGAAGAUCCGUUCAGCCCUGGAGCGACUUAGGAGGAAGAGACACCUUCUCCGCUCCCAACGUAAACAGAAAGACUUUCCCAUCAUCUCCGUCAUGGGCUACACCAACUGCGGUAAAACAACUUUGAUUAAAGCACUGACUGGUGAUGCUGGUCUCCAACCUAAAGAUCAGCUCUUUGCCACCUUGGAUGUUACAGUACACGCAGGACAGCUGCCAAGUCACAUGACUGUACUUUAUGUAGACACCAUUGGAUUUCUGUCACAGCUCCCUCACCAGCUUAUUGACUCUUUCUCUGCCACCCUGGAAGAUGUGGCACAUUCGGACCUCAUAGUUCAUGUAAGAGACAUUAGUCAUCCAGAAAGUGUUAAUCAGAAGGUCAAUGUACUGAAUGUACUGAAGAAUCUUCAGAUUCCAGAUCGGCUAUUUGACAACAUAAUAGAGGUGCUCAACAAGAUUGACCUUAUUGAAGGAUACCAGGACAGUGAUCCUGAGGUUCUUUCUAUAUCGGCUCUGAAACAACAUGGGCUGGAUGUAUUAAAAGAAAAGAUCGAAGAAGCGGUCUUGAAGUCUACUGGAAAACAAACUAUGACCCUCAAGGUGCAGCUCAACAGCCCUCAAUUAGCGUGGCUGUAUAAAGAGGCAACAGUUCAGGCAGUGGAUGAUGUGGGAGAUGACUGUAUUGCCAACGUCAAGGUCAUCAUUAGCCAAGCUGCAUAUGGCCGCUACAAGAAGCUGUUUCAGGUCACCUAGCAACAGACGGCCCAGGACUAAAACAUCCAAAAUCAUUUAAACACUCACUGCAGUAAUGUUGUGUAAAUAUUUAUUUGCUAAUAAUGCACUCAAAAGUUUUCAAUAAAUUCAAUAAGACGACAAA